AUGGGCCCAAUACCUGCUAAGAGGAUCAAGACUCUAUCAGUGGCACGUCCCAUCAUUUAUGGGAACUCUGCCAAGAAAAUGGGCGACGUGAAGCCUCCAAACGCUCCAGUUGAACACACACACAUGUGGACCAUCUUUGUGAGGGGGCCUAACGGGGAAGACCUGUCAGACAUUAUUAAAUGCGUGGUAUACAAGCUACACGAGACUUAUCCAAACCCUACGCGAACUGUGGAUGCACCACCAUUCGAGUUGACAGAAACUGGAUGGGGUGAAUUCGAGAUUAACGUCAAGAUCCAUUUCGUGGAGUCUGCGAGUGAAAAACCAAUAAGUUUCUACCACCACUUGAGACUGCACAAGUAUCACAAUGCUGAUGCCAGCGGAAUAAAGAUUGAAAACGAUUCUGGCAACACGGACGUCGAAUCCAUAUUUUAUGAUGAAGUGGUGUUCAAUGAACCCAACGAGGACUUUUUCAAGGUACUGAUGGCCCAGCCAGGCUACGUGCUACCAUCCAACAAGACGGAAAAGACGGUGUUCUCCAAGCAGCUAGCGAGAGAAGAAAUCGAUCGCAUCAACAUUGGAAUAAGCAAGGUCGACGAAGAGAUUGAGGUCUUGAAAGAAAAGCUGUCGGUAUUAACUAAAAGCUGA